AUGGCCCUCUCAAUCUCUGUGCUGCUGGCCCUGGUGAUGCUGGGCUUCAGCCCAGUCCACUCUCUGGACUGUGCCCUGCAUCCAAGCCAUGGCAAUCUGGAAACCUUCAUGCUGUUGAGCCAGAUGGAGAGAAUCUCCAUUCUGUCCUGUCUGAAGGAUAGGACUGACUUCAGCUUUCCUCAGAUGCUUGUGGAUGAGAACAAGUUUGAGAAGACAGAAGCCACAGCUGUCACGCGUGAGAUGCUCCGGCAGAUCUUCAGCCUUUUCAGCCAAAGGGGCUCCCUGGUGGCUUGGGAUGAGACCUUACUGGACAAAUUCCUCGCUGGACUUCAUCAGCAGCUGGAUGACCUGGAGACAUGUUUGGAGGAAGAAAAGAACUUGGAACAGUUACCCCAGGGAAGUGAGAACUCCAGACUGGCUGUGAAGAGAUACUUCCAUGGAAUCAAUCUCUAUCUUGAAAAGAAAGAAUACAGCCGCUGUGCCUGGGAGGUUGUCCGGGUGGAAAUCAGAAGGUGCUUGUUCUUCGUCAGUGAGCUCACAAGGAAACUCAGGAAAUAA